AUGUAUCGGGCUAGGAGGGCUGCAUUGUCACCAAAGGUGAAGCGCCGUGUUGGGAAGUAUGAGCUCGGACGCACCAUUGGGGAAGGAACCUUCGCAAAGGUCCGGUUUGCUAGGAACACUGAAAACCAGGAUCCUGUUGCUAUCAAAAUCCUUGACAAGGAGAAAGUUCAGAAGCACAGAUUGGUUGAACAGAUCAAGCGUGAAAUUUGUACCAUGAAAUUAGUAAGGCAUCCUAAUGUUGUUCGACUGUUUGAGGUGAUGGGAAGUAAAGCAAAAAUUUUCAUCGUUCUGGAAUAUGUUACAGGUGGAGAGCUCUUUGAAAUCAUUGCUACUAAUGGAAGGUUGAAGGAGGACGAAGCACGCAAAUACUUCCAGCAACUGAUUAAUGCCGUUGAUUACUGCCACAGUAGGGGAGUGUAUCACAGAGACUUGAAGCUAGAGAAUUUGCUGCUUGAUGGUAAUGGAAAUCUCAAAGUUUCUGACUUUGGUUUAAGUGCUUUAACCGAGCAAGUGAAGGCUGAUGGUCUGCUUCAUACAACAUGUGGAACCCCCAAUUAUGUUGCCCCUGAGGUGAUCGAGGAUGGAGGCUAUGAUGGUGCAACUGCAGAUAUCUGGUCUUGUGGAGUAAUCCUCUUUGUUCUUCUUGCUGGAUAUUUACCUUUCGAGGAUGACAACAUCAUCGCCCUAUACAAGAAGAUUUCAGAAGCUCAGUUUAGCUGCCCCUCUUGGUUUUCGGCUGGAGCCAAGAACCUGAUUACCAGAAUUCUUGAUCCCAAUCCUAAAACUAGGAUCACGAUUUCUCAGAUACUGGAAGAUCCUUGGUUCAAAAAGGGGUACAAGCCUCCUCUUUUUGACGAGAAAUAUCAAACUACCUUGGAUGACGUGGAUGCUGCUUUUGGAGAUUCAGAAGACCGGCAUGUGAAAGAGGAAACUGAAGAUCAGCCAACCUCAAUGAAUGCAUUUGAACUGAUUUCACUAAACCAGGCACUUAAUCUGGAGAAUUUGUUUGAAGCAAAGGAGGAGUAUAAAAGAGAGACAAGAUUCACCUCACAGUGUCCCCCAAAAGAGAUAAUCACAAAGAUUGAAGAAGCUGCAAAGCCGCUUGGCUUUGAUGUUCAGAAGAAAAAAUACAAGAUGCGGAUGGAGAACCCGAAAGCAGGUAGAAAAGGCAAUCUAAAUGUUGCAACUGAGGUUUUUCAAAUAGCCCCAUCCCUACAUGUAGUUGAGCUCAAGAAGGCAAAGGGGGAUACUCUGGAAUUCCAAAAGUUCUACAGAAGUCUGUCAACCCAACUGAAGGAUGUUGUGUGGAAGUGCGAUGGCGAGGUGGACGGCAACAGCACAGCAGCAUGA